AUGCGACAUAAUGUAACGAAAACUGUUUCUCCUGGUCGGAAAUGCAUGUCUGUUGACGGAAUUGGAAACAUGAUACGAGAAAACUGCGAAAGAGAGAUGUCAUUUCUCUGCAGAUUUGAGCAGAAGUUAAUCAUAGUAAUUAUUUUGUUUGCGACAUUUUACCAACUUUGUUUUUGCAAUUGCAGCGAAGAUAAGUCACCCAAAGCAGUUGAAUGGAAUGUUGCUCGAAAAUUUUGCUUUGCACGUGGCUCAGAAUUGGUCUGGAUUGAUUCUGAAGCAGAACAAAAAUUUCUAAAUACUCUCGCUGGAAUGGACCCAUUUUGGAUAUCUUUCGUAAAGAAUGGUGAUAAAUGGGAAUGGCUUUACAUGGAUAAUGUGCCAUAUACAAAAUGGAAGAGUGGUGAACCAGAUCAGUGCUGCCCGGUUGGAAAAGCUAAUCGUGCAUUUAGUGCACAUAAUGGAUGGAGUGACGUUGGCCCUACUUUUAAGACAGGCGUUAUGUGCAAAUAUGAAAUUAAGUUGCCAUAUUUUUGUACAUACUUUAAAAUAGAUUAA